AUGGCGGGCUUAUCGGAUAAUGAAGAAAAUGAAUUUACAACAUCAAAAUUAGAAUUAAAUUCUAAUUUAAAACAAGAUUUAAAUAAAAUGAAAUUAAAACAAUUGAAUGAAUAUGAAGAUAAAAUUAAAGAAGAAUUUAAAAAAUUAUCCAAAACUUACUUAAAAAAUAGAAUAUCAAGAAUUGACAAUAUAAUAGAAUCAUUAGUAUCAUCAAUUAAAAUAGCUCAAGAAAAUGAUAAAUCUUGGUUAAAAAUUUAUAAUUUUGAAAUUGAAACAAUUAAUAAUAUUUUAACAAAUACUGAAGAUUUAAUAAUGGUAAAAAAUGGAACUAUUCCUCAGAAACCAGAUUUAUUAAAAUUAGAUGAAUAUGAAGAAGAAUUAAAAGAAAUUUUUUCAAAUUUACAAAGUCCUUUUGAUUUUGAUGAUACUUUUAAAUAUGAUAAUAAAGAAAUUUCAACAAAUUUAAACAAUCACCACGAAAAUUUAAAUAAAUUGCCAUUUCCCUUUUUGUUCAAUGAUUGUUUUAAACCAUAUAGAGAUGAAUUAAAAAGUAUAAAUUCUUCAAAAGAUUACGAACUGAAAUUGAUAAAAAAUAAUUUUAAACAUAAUUCUGAAAUUAUAUGGAAACAAUAUUAUUCAAAUUUAUUAAAUUACAAAACAAAACUAGUUAAAGAAACGGAUCAUAGAUUAACAGAACUAUAUAAAGAUUAUCAAUUAUUCAGUCAAAACAAAAAUGAAAUUUCACUAGAUAAUUAUUACUAUCGAAGUUUAAUAUCACCAGAAUAUUUAUAUUCCACAAUAGAUAAUGAAAAAAAUUCAUUAACUUCAUCAACAACGGAAGAAAUUACAAACUUUAAUCAUGAUACAAAUUAUUUCGAUCUAGAUACAAGAUUAAACCCGAAGAACAAAAUUCAAUUAUCAAUGAUACGACAAAACAUUCUUAAAAAUUCAAAAUUAGAAAAUAUUCAAAAAUCAAUUAAAAGAACUUAUCAUGACGCAUUUGAAGAUGAAGAAAUAAACCAACCAGUAGAUGACCUAGAUAAAGAUUUAAAUUUGAUUAGAUCAAAUAUAGCACUUAAGAAAUCACGUCAUAUAGAAGAAAUUGUAACAGAAGAAGAAGAUGAAGAUGAUAAUGAUAUGGAAGGAGAAUUAAUGCAUUUAAAUGAUUUUACUUCAGAAUCUUCAUCUUCGUCACCUCCACCAUCAGGGGAAGAACUAGAUGAUCAUUCAGAUAAUGAAGAGUUAGAAGAGGAUGAAGAUGCAACAAAAAAAGAAAUUUAUAUCCCAAGAAUUAUUAGAUCAUUGUGUGAAUCAGUUUAUGAAGAAUAUGAUGUCGAAGAAGAUAUGAAUGAAGAAGAAUUAAAAGAAAGGAGCCUAUAUAAGAAUGUCUUACAACAAACUAAUUCGCUAAUUGAUGAAAAUAAUAAAUUUAUUAUGCAAAAUUUACCACCACUUGAAAGCUUUCCGACAUUGUGA